UGCAGCUAGCGUUAACGCUGCGAGGCUGCCGCUGCCGGGAUGUGUGUGAUAACCUGACCGGUUUAAAGCGCUAAACCGCUGCUCCGGUUUUAGAUUCUCGGAGUAGAUUGAAUUAAUCAAACUAAUAUCCAGAGUUAACGCGAGGGAACUGAGAAAUCAGGCAGGGCGCGAUUUAGCGUGUGUUCGUGUCUGCUGCUGCUGAUUAUAGUUAUGUGGCCAAAUGAGGACCUGAACGCUAACUCUGACUGUGUGCUGAGCACCGGAGACCCCGCUCUGGAUAAACUGGUCAACCAGUGGAUCUCCUGGGAUAAGAAUGGAGCGACCCGUGAGCAGAUCAAAAUCCUGGUGCAGGAAGGGCGUGUGGAGGAACUCAGAAGGAGACUGGGCUCCAGGAUGACUUUUGGAACUGCUGGUCUGAGAGCAGCUAUGGGAGCUGGCUUUUCUCGUGUCAACGAUCUCACUGUAAUCCAGUCAACACAGGGUAUGUACGUAUAUCUGGCCAAGUGUUUCCCUGAUCUGAGUAGCAGAGGCUUGGUGGUUGGCUACGACACACGAGCACAGGAGUGCAGUGGCUGCACCAGUGAAAGACUUGCAAGACUGACAGCAGCUGUGAUGCUUUGUAAAGAUAUUCCAGUUUAUCUGUUUUCUACAUAUGUGCCUACCCCAUUUGUGCCGUAUGCUGUAAAGAAGAUUGGAGCUGCUGCAGGUGUGAUGAUCACUGCCUCUCACAACAGAAAGGAGGAUAAUGGAUACAAGGUAUACUGGCAGAACGGUGCUCAGAUUUCAUCUCCACAUGACAAGGAGAUCUUACGCUGCAUAGAAGAGAAUACUGAGCCAUGGUCUGAGUCCUGGAAUGAAGACCUGGUUGAGGACAGCCCAUUAAGGAGUGAUCCACUGGAAGACGUCUGUCGCUGGUAUAUGGAGGAGCUGAGGACUGUCUGCUUCCAAAGAGAGCUCAACACAAGGUGUCCCUUGAAAUUUGUGCAUUCAUCUUUCCAUGGAGUUGGCCAUUCAUAUGUCCAAAGAGCAUUUCAGGCGUUUGGGUUUCCACCUCCUAUCCCUGUACCAGAGCAGAUGAAUCCAGAUCCAAACUUUUCCACUGUCAGCUGCCCUAAUCCAGAAGAAGGAGAAUCAGUUCUGGAGCUCUCCCUUCGUCUUGCAGAGAGAGAGGAAGCCAAGAUUGUGCUGGCCACAGACCCUGAUGCAGAUCGGCUGGCUGUUGCAGAACAAUGUGACAAGUGUGGUUGGAAAGUAUUCACGGGGAAUGAGCUGGCUGCAUUGCUUGGUUGGUGGAUGCUGUACAACUGGAAAGAGGCUCAUCCAGACCCAGAAGACACAGAAAGGGUGUACAUGCUGGCCACCACAGUCUCCUCCAAAAUACUUCAAGCUCUGGCGCAAAAGGAAGGCUUCCAUUUUCAGGAAACAUUGCCUGGCUUCAAAUGGAUUGGAAAUAAAAUCCAUGAGUUAACAAAAACAGGAAAGGAGGUCAUUUUUUCCUUUGAAGAGUCCAUUGGGUUUCUGUGUGGGAGCAUGGUGCUGGACAAGGAUGGAGUCAGUGCUGCUGCUGUUGUCGCGGAGAUGGCAGCAUAUUUACAUACCAAAAAUAUAACUCUUAACCAGCAACUUCAAAAUAUCUAUGAAAUUUAUGGCUUCCACAUUUCCAGAACCUCUUAUGUUAUCUGCAACGACCCUCCCACAGUCAAGAGAAUAUUUACUCGCUUACGAAAUUUUGAAGACGAGGGUGUUUAUCCAAGGAAGUGUGGGGGAUACAGCAUUGCACACGUCAGAGAUGUGACUACAGGUUAUGACAGUAGUCAACCUGACAAAAGAUCUGUUCUCCCAGUGACCAAAAGCAGCCAAAUGGUCACGUUCACAUUUCACAACGGCAUUGUUGCCACGCUUAGGACAAGUGGAACAGAGCCAAAAAUCAAGUACUACACUGAGUUCUGUGCACCACCUGGAAAGAGAGAUCUGUUCAGCCUUGAAGAUGAGUUGAAGAAACUGGCCUCUGCUCUGCUGGAGGAGUUUCUAGAACCUGAGAAAAACAAUCUGAUUCGCAGAUCAGUGUAGAAGUGUCUUACAUACAGUGACUGCCAUCCCUGUUGGCGUAUUUAAUUUAAAUAGAGUUUCAAACUCUGAAUGUUAUUACACCACUGUGAAAAGAUGUCCAUUGCUGCAAAGUUCUUAAGGUGCAGAUCAAUGCAGAGUAAACAAGCAUACUUAGUCCUGCCUUUUGAGAUUUAUGUAUUAUAAGCAUUAUAUUUAAUUAUGUGGUUUUCUUGAAAACAAGAGUGUUCAGUUCUAAGCAGUUAUAUGGUUUUAUCCCCUACAUAACGUUUUGGUGUUGGCUUGUUAUGGGGUGAUUGUUCUGAUCAGUUUCCACAGUGUGGAAUGCAACCUUGUGUUUGAUAAUACAGAGAGUUUAUUACCUUUAACAGAGCUGAAAGUCAUUGAUUGUCUGCCCACAAUGCACUUCCAAAUAAAAUCUGACAUUUCUUUUUGAUGUAGAAACAGUAAUUAGCAUAACUGAAUUAUUUUUGACAUGGUAAUUGCUCUUGUUGGGCAGGAGAACUCCUAAACAAGACACAUUUACAUAAUUUGCUAAAUAAUGUGCAUAUAUAUUUAUUUUAUUAACUUCUCCAGUUAAUGAACAAGCUUUGUUAAAAAUAGCAGUGUAUUACAAGGCAUUAAUAAGCCAUUACGCUACUGUAGAACAGAUUGAUUUACUGGUUUUCCAGAUUGCAGUUUGACAGUAACCCAUUUUGCACAUGCUCAGUAAACCCAGAAUCUGGAAAUUGUACCAGACCUUACCCAGACCUCAUCCUGUCAGCCCCCUAGUACACAUUGUGGGUGUUUAUGGGAGCCUAAGUGUGAAUAGAGCAGGUCAUUUUCUGAAAAAUUCCACAGUGGGUCGUUCCCUACCUUCUACAGGCACUACACAUGCUGUAUUUCCUGUGGUGAUGGUGUAUCAUCUCAGGCUGUAUGCUGUAUGUGUUUAAGAAGAGCUCCAGCUAAUAUCUGCUUCUCUGGGUAUUUUCUGGGUUCUUGUGUAAAACCAGACUUGCUGCUUUGCUUGUGUGAGCUGCAGAAAGGGAUAUGACAUGUUAUUAACUCACUCAUUUAGCAGACAGAUGAAUCUGCACUAGCUUGAGCUAUUACUAGUCAAGUAGCUUUGAUCACUGAAAGGGAGGAAACUAGCAUUCACUUAUAAGUUGCUUAGUAUAAUUUAUAUGUCGUGUGCACAUAAUGUGUACAUUUCAACAACAGUCAAAUAGACAAAGCAAUAGACAAAGGAUACUUACAGUAAGGGGUGUCACAUGAGUUCUAGUUGUUAAUAUUGCAACCCAUGUGACUCCCCUUAUUUAAUAGUUUGUAACAAAGCUGAGGUGUCUACUCGGAAGCAAUUAAAAAAUGCUUGCAGUGUAGAUAAAAACACCAGUAACAGUUUUCUAGACCAGCCAGUGAAGGUUAAGUUGUUUUAACCACGAUUCGAAACCUAUUUUCACCAAGUAUAAUGCUGUUUAUAAUAAAGGUAAUAUAGUUUUAACUUGCUUUACUGCUUAAUGGUUUGAACUAUGAUUUCUUCAGUAUGCCAAAUUGCAUACUACCACUGCUCUGUAUAGUUUCGCACCCAGUUCAUAAUAAAAAUAUUAAUCAGAAUAUAAAUAAAAUUAGCAAAAUGUGCAGGAUAGGAAUGCACCGGGACCAGAAUAAGGAAACGCUGUAAUAAGACUUCAUGUUAGGCAAACGUGGUAUAUUAAACACUGCACAGAUUAAGAAAAUCUUUAUUUAGUUAUACAUUAGUAUGUUUUCUAACCAUUUAGAAUAAUGCUAGUGCUGCUUCUGAGACCAGUGCUGAAUUGUAAUGACGUCUUACAGGCUUUGAAGAAUCAGUUUUCUCCCAGCUGGUUGUUUAACAGGUGUUACCCAUUAUGUUCCUGAUGAAAAUAGAAAGCCAUCCCCUGUGCUGUGCAGCAGGUAUGUCAGUAUUCUGUUCUGUGUAUGGUGUUCUGUGGAUUUUGUUUGUGUGUGAAAGUCUUCAUAACAAAAAAAAAAGGACUUGCUGCUUUUUUUCGUACAGAAUUUCCUUUUGUAGAGCUUCAGGUGUUUUCAAUGCUUUAUUAUUUAUGAGAUUUAUUAGCAAGUUAUUCACAUUAUACCAUGUAGAACUUGGCCUGGAUGAUGAAGAUUGUGACAGAAAGCACUUAUUGCUGGUAAUGUACAGUGGUUCAAAGAACAGAUAAUAUAUUUUAGAUAAACAGCAGUUUUGAAAUCCAAAAGAAAAAAUAUUCUGUGUGAAAGAAUAAAAUUUGUGUUACUUAUGCUAUAUUUCAUGCAUUGCAUUUUAUUUUACCAAUAAAACUUUGCUUUAGAAAACUGA